AUGGAGGAUCGGGACUUUGGAGCAAGCAGUGGGACUCAUCCAGGUGCGAGCACAGUACACGAAGCCGUCUACCUGUGGCAGACCAAUGGUGAUCCGUACAGCUCCAGUCUCGUACACGAGGUACGUGCGCCCCGUCGGGCCACCACUACCCACAGGACCGUGCGUUCUCACAUGAUGCCCGUCCGUGGCAAGCAGUCACCGCUGGUCAUUGCGCUGUACGCCAGCCUACACACCCACGUCGCGUCCUUUAUCUGGCUCUUGCACAUCGCGGCAGCAGUACUGUUGUAUCGGCUCGUACCCCUGGUGCGUCGUCUCGAGCUGCUACAGCAAGCAAAAGCAGUCGGUGGUGCACAGCUGGAUGACAAUGCGUUGAGUGCGAUCAAGGCCACGCCCAUCUGGCUGGUCAGCCAGGCACCGAACACCGUCUGGAGCCUACUGGUUGCAGGACUAUACCUGCUCAACCCAUACAGCAUUGUGGCUCUCCUCCACCACGGCACAGUGGUCAUUGAGCACUUCUUCCUUCUCCUAGCCAUCGAGCGUGCCGCUCAUGGCCAAGUGCUGCUGAGCAGCCUGGCCCUCGCGCUUGCCAUCAACCAGAACCCUUUUCUCUGUUUGCUAAUUGCCCAGCUUCUAGGAGGCUCGAUUCACUUCCUGGCCCGUACAGUGGGCGCGCGCAUGCUCGUGGAGGACCAGCAACCCAACAUUGGAGUGUUUUGGUAUUUCUUCACACAAAUGUUCUCGCACUACCGUGCGUUCUUCCUGGCGCUGGGACCUACCAUUCUGCUGACGUUGACACCUGGUCUGGUAUUGCAGCUCAGAGUGCUGCCUCCGAUCCUGAUGAGCGCACUCUACGGCAUGAUUACAGUGUUUCGUCCCUACCCUUCGUUUCCGGACGUCGUGCUAGUCCUAGUCUUGGCUUGUUUGCCCACAGGCCAUCUUUAUGUGAUGCGUUACAUUCAUGCUUCCUGUAUCGGCAUUCUCAUCGGUGCCGUGCUCUGUCCCGUCAUCUGGUAUGCCUGGGUGUACGUGGGUGCUGCCAACCCCAACUUUUAUUACUUUGCCACCGUCGUUUUGAAUGCGUCCUUGACCUUGUUUGUGAGCGACGUGUGCUACGCACAUUUACGGCGGCAACAACUGCUGACCUCAACAGAAGCAGCGACCGGCUAUCUCGAGAUGGCCUACCAAAACAUCUCUCCCAUACAGACCAAGACCAAGCGCGAGUAA